AUGGCCCUCCUCAGAACUCAAACAGACCCUUCCACCUUCGUCGCCUACACCCACGCCGCCGCCGGCCACGAUGGAGUCCGCUCCGACCCCAGCGGUUCCAUCAUCGUCAAGCCGUGCACCCCAGCCGAAGUCGCCUUCUAUGAAUCUGCCGCAACUCAUCCGAAAUUCCAGGCAUACAUGCCGACCUUCAUGGGUACGCUCGUUCUUAGCGAGAAUCAGGAUCCCUGUAGUCCCACUGCUCCAGCGACCGCCGCUCCUGCUGUGAUAUCGAAUGAUCUGCAGAAAGGUGGCGCGGCAGACUGGGUGCCUUCAGGAGGCAAGAAGCUCGAUACGGGAUUAUCUAUUGUGCUGGAGAAUGUGACGGCGGGCUUUAAGCGACCAAACGUUAUUGAUGUGAAGCUGGGAGCGAGGUUGUGGGAUGAUGAUGCGCCGGAGACGAAGAAGAGAAAGCUUGAUGAUGUUAGCGAUGCUACGACAAGUCGGAGUUUGGGGUUUAGGAUUGUAGGGAUGAGGGUGUAUCGGCCCGAAAGGAGGAAGAAGAUAGAGGGUAUAUCUGAGAAGCAUAUUGCGGUUCAGGAGGAUGGGUAUCUAAGCUACGAUAAGUAUUAUGGGAGGAACUUUGGUGCUGAGAAUGUACACGAGGCGUUUGUGGAAUUCCUGGGUGGAGAGGAGACUUUGAAGAAACCCGGCCGGACACAGCAUGUUGCGAAAAGAUUGGCGAGGGAGGUGAGGGAUCUUGCUGCUGUGCUGCAAGAAGAGGAGAGCAGAAUGUACUCGGCUAGCAUAUUGAUGGUGUACGAAGGGGAUGAAGCGGCAAUGGAGGCGGCAAUGCAGGAUGAGAAACGGAGAGCAGCUAUCGUAGCUUCAGACUCUUCGGGCAAAAUCGGGGAAGAUGAAGUUAGCGAGGAAGAAGAGGACGAACAGCUACCGAAAGUGUCAGAAAUGCGACUGAUUGACUUUGCCCAUGCCCGGUGGACCCCUAGUCAAGGACCAGACGAGAAUGUUCUACAUGGACUUAGGAGUCUACUCAAGAUACUUGAGCAAUUGACAAUGGAAGAGAAAGGCUGA